UCCCGAGUCGCCUAGUGUGUUUUUGACAUCGGUAAACGCAGUCGUGAACUUCGGAGCGGAUAAAUACUUUUAUUUAUAGUUUUAAUCGAAUAAAGUCGUGUGACGUUCGUGAAUACCUGUGUUAACUCGGGAUACAUUAAAUAUGAGUAUUGCUGCCCUGAUCCAAGCUGCUGAAUACAUCGAAAGGCGCGAGAGAGUUUCUUUUGUUGCAGAAGCGGAACACGGAUACGCGUCGAGUUUACCGGCGUACGACGAAUCUCGAGGAGGGAAACGGCCCAAGACGAAGAAAUCGCAGGGGAGCAGGACGACUCAUAACGAGUUGGAAAAGAACAGGCGAGCACACCUCAGAAGUUGCUUGGAGAAACUCAAGGACAUGGUUCCCCUCGGCCCCGAAGCCUCAAGACACACCACACUAGGACUAUUAACAAAAGCAAAAAGAUUUAUAAAGAGUUUGGAAGAAAGAGAAAAAAGACAUACUAGCCACAAAGAGCAGUUAGCUCGAGAACAGCGAUACCUCAGGCGGAGGCUAGAACAACUGCGCGCGUCGCCGUGCGGCGUGACAACGCGCAGCAUUUCCGAGAGCUCGACGACGCACGAUCAUGCGCACGCGACGCGAGCGGAUUCGCUCUCGUCGCUCGAGUCGUCGUCGGGUGUGUCCACGGCUGAACGGUCGCCGUCAUCCGUCUCUGAAAGUGAUGAAGUGGACGUGAUUGGCUACACGUCCAACCAGAGCGACAGCGAGUCUCUAGUGUCCGGUCACAGCGGGGACAGCGGGGUGGGGUACGCGCGCGCGCGACGCGGACGUGCGCGCGCGCGGUCGCCGCGCGACUGCACGCGCGUGCGCCGCUCCGCGCGCACUAGGGUUUAGGUGACGGGGACGCGGCGCGGGGCUCGCGGCGGCGACGCUCACGUAACUUCGUAACAUAAAACAGUAGAACAUUUUGUUGAUACAUGUAUUAAGGCGAAUGUUGUUUCUGUGACUGAAACGGAACGUGCCACAGUCUGCGACAGAGUGACGGAACCGCGCCCGCGCCGCACACACCCACACACACACACAUACAUAAACACACAAAACACGACACACACACACUACAUCACUGAGUACAAAAUUGCCAAAAAUUCCUUUCGACGUUCUGUUCUCUCCCGCGUUUUUCGUGUGACGUGUUCAUUUUGUCCGCAUCAAUGUCACUAUUCCAUUUUUGUGUUAAACACUUGAGAUAUUUGCGGAUAUAUGUAUAUUCAAUAAUAUAUUCUUUUAAUAUUUUAACUUUAUUAAUAUAUGGAAAUGGCCGUAAAAGAUUCAAAUGGCCCGAUGUGAUCAGAUAACAGUUGAUUAUUAUUUUUGUAUUUAUUAUUGAAUUUUCUAUUGGACUUAUUCGAAUGCAAAUCUUUGAGAGAACGACUUCUAAAACUCUGUACUUACUGUUAUUGAUUUUCACAAAAAGAGAAUUUGCUUAUAUAGCGAAUGUUGUAUAGAAAUAUCUAUUUUAUAUUUUGUAUAUAAUUAUUUUUUCUGUAUAAAUUAAUCAUUAAUCAGUAAGCGUAAGUCUGUAUGAUGGGCUGCGCCGCCGGAUAUAAUUUAGCACUGCGGUUAACUUGUCCGUCGAUUCUUUACUAACACAUAGUUUACAUGAGUUUAGUAGCUAUACACUUUGCAUGCCUCCUUUACAGCUUAAUAAAAUAAUAAUUUAAUUUUUGGAUGUUUACUAAGCGUAUAGUUACUAAGCUCGUGUGAAGUGAGCAUAACAAACAGUACAGUACGGCUAUGAAUCCUAGGUGAUAGUCAACUUGCUUGGUUUAUUCAUAAACUGAAUUACAUUUAAUUACUGAAAACUAAGCGGUAGUGGACACUGUCGUAACGAUUUAUUAUUUUGCGUUAAUUUAAUUAACAUAAUCAAAUGAAAAUGUAUGUAAUGAAAAUUUAUAUAUUAGGAUAAAUAUAUCCUUAAAAUUUUCGUUACAUACAUUUCCGAUUUGCGAUUAAACUACCAGUAUGAUUAUAUAUGAAUUGAAUGAUGAAUUGUAAAAAAAAUAUUUGUUUUUUUUUUCUGACAUUAGAUUACGACAGUAUCUCCUAUACACAUAGUACAUACAUCACUUACUAACCGUCGUAUUGUAAGUAUUAAUAUUGAAUAUUAAUGAUCUCACUCCAUUGUCACACGUCCAUUUUAGUAAUAUUGUCAUACAAACUCUUACCAAAGAGGAAAUCUGGAAUAUCUAGAAAAAUAUAUACUUACUGUAAACGAUUUGAUCGGUCCAAAGGAAGCUACUCUUUGAAUGUGAAAAGAAAACAUACGACAUCUGCUCAAUUCGACCUUAUCGCUUUGAUUUUAAAGUUCAUUCUUCAGGCAAUCUCCUUGUCGCUUCCCUUGAACGGAUCUGACAUUAUGCGAGCAAAAUUUUCAAAAUUACGGUCGCAAAAGGGUCAUUAAUCAAUUUUCAGUCUUAGAUAUUUAAAUGAUAUAUGAAAUAUUAAUAUAUUUAUCCAAUUUUAGACCGUAUUCAUUUUGGUCGCAUUAUAUUUAGAAUUUAUUUAAGUAAGCACUUUAAAAAAAUGAAUUAAAAAAUUUUUAGGUUAUAUUUUAAUGACAUAAUUACUUCAAUGGAUUAUAUUUUAUGUGGACAUUCAUGUACCAAAAAUAAUAAUAAAAAAGGAGCGACUUGAGAACGUGCUCGACGCACAGCGGGACAGCAGAGAGAUAUAUUUUGUUAGAUUGUAUCUUGUAAAUUGUUAAUUUGUUGAAAUCUGACUGAAUUUCGUUGUAUUAUAAUGUAUUCUUUUCGAUGGAGCAUUCGGUAGGAUAUUCGAGUCCAUUCUCACGCCUUCCCUUCGGUAUAAAAUAAUGAGAGUAAUGUGAAAUCACUUCAUGUACGUCCGUACAUCUUACCACCAUCGAGGAUCAUAGAAAGUUAAAAAAAUAUGUGCACACGGCCGGACUUCAUACAUGAAAAUAUAAAUAAAAGCAAUAUUUGAUCAUCAAAAUCGUUAUAAGCACUUAGUCGACAUGAUUUUAUUCUAUAAACUCAUUAUUUUUUACCACUAACCUCCGGAUGUGGGUUUUUUUUUUCUCUAAUUCUAACUAAUAUUAUAAUAAAUUGUAAAUUGUUUUAGGUAUGGAUGUUAUAAUAAGUAUAGCUGUAACGUAUCAUUUUGUAAGUAAUGAAUUUGUUUUAGAAAUGACAGCAUGAUCUCUUAAGGUUAAAUGCGUAAGCGCUUGAUUCCGUCGGGCUAUACUCUACACCCGAUACUAAUGCUUGGUUUACAUGAACUUAGUAACUAUACAUUGUGCCAGCGAUAACAACCACCUAUUUGCCACAUAUUUCCCCUAGAGUUUCAGUAAUCAGUUGCUGAAUUAUAAUAAAUUAUAUUAAUGAAUUUGGGAUCGAUAACACAAUAUUUUUCAUUAUAGAACUGAGUGAUAUCAACAAAUUGUGGUAAUGGUAUACAAUUUAACAAUGCCAUUCGCAGUUCUAUUACCUCAAAUUAUUUUAUCUUGUUUCUUAAAAAAAUUAAUUGAUAUGAGAAUAUUUUAAAAAAUAUAUAUAGGUAGUUCGUAUUGUACGAAAUCAUUCAUAAUACAGCACAAAGUGAAUAUUCAUACAACUGCUGUUUAUUUUUACCAAAAUAAAUAUGCCUGUGGAUAUGGAGUUUUACUAUUACCUUGUAAAAUGGCACUUAGUAUAUCUACUUGGUUGGCAUAUUGGCGCCCAGUGGCUGCGUGCGUGAAGCAUAUGUGCGCAGUUCGCCGCGCGCUUCGCGAUCCGUGUAAACUUGGCUUAAUCUGUCCCCGCCGUGGGCUCGCAAGCAAUAUCUUUAACAGGAAUUAAAUUGGUUGUUAAAUAAUGAGUACGUGUUUUUAGACGUCCCGCUGCAAAUUUUGGUUUCUGUCUGGAAUUACGCGAAGUAAACGUACAAAUUAAAUUAUUAAAUCAUCACAUUGAUACAGAUUUACUAAUUUUAACUAGAUCAGUUAUUAAAAUUUUCGUAUUGCAUCGCGAAAUUGAUGGACAGACUUUAGGUAUGCGUGUAAUAAUGAUUUUUCAGGGCAAUGACUAAAUUGUCAUGUUGUUAUCUAAAUUCUAAUUUAUUUAAAAGAAACUUUAGUAAGUACACUAGAAAAUCGCUUGAUAUAAAUUUAGUACGGAUAGUUUUAAAUUGUGUAACCAGAGCGAAUGUUGGUUUGAAUUGCGAAUCUGUCGGCAACAUUUCUAUGAAAUGCUGUUGAAAGUUCAAUGUUAAUUAAUUUUAAGAACAACAUUGCGAGCUGCGGUGGGACUGACUGCCCGACGGCUACACCUCUGUCGACCUUCCUCAUCGUCAACAAAAUUAUUUAUAUUAAAAAAAAACUAUUUAUCUAUCGCAAUAUUUUAUUUAUUUUAUUUUAGGGACGUGUUUUCGAAUGUUUUGCUUCCACUCAGCGUGUCACAUGCCUGCCGAUACUGUAGUUACGUAGCUAAUUCAAAUGCAGCUCCCAUUCAGCAAACAUGACAUACAUUCAACUAUGAGUCUUAAGGCUUACGCUCUAAAUCCGUAUUAGAGUGGCGUUUAUCUUGAAAAAUGUCAGUAAUGCUGAUAAUAAUUACGCUAAAUGGAAGUUAUAUUUUGAAUGAGAUUACUUGCGUACGUGGCGUUAAGUUGAGCCCUUUACUUUUUGGUUCACAAAUCUUAAGUGCGACAGAGAUAGUCGGUCUUUUGCCGUUUCGCGCUAUUCUUUCGAACUUAAGGGGUAAAAUUAAAUCAAGCUCGAGUGUUUCUUAACGCCACGUAUGGCAACUUUUUAACCUUAGCCCUACCUCGCUUCCGUGAGAGAAUGUGGGUGUAGAAGCGGCGACGGACGCUCAUAGAGUACAAAUUCUGUAUAAGCCCCUACUUGAGUGUUAAUUCUAAAUGUAUAAUUUUAAAACACGACACAGGGAGAAGUAUAUUCAGAGUACGUUAGUAUAAUGUAGCGCGGGCGAAAAUGGCCAACUGAUCCAGUCAUCUCUGCCUUUGGUGUUGUCUCUUCCUUAACUAAAUUGUCUAUGGUCUGUUCCCACAGUGCACAGACUGUUUAGACUGCACUGUUGGAACAGAACGUAGGAAACGUGCGACGCACUGUACGCGCGCACAUCUUAUUAGAUAAGAAAUGUGUUAUUAGAAAUGAAAUGCAAUAAAAAUGUGGCCUUGCUUCCCCUGCGAUACGGUUUUGAUUCUAUACGCAAUUGAAAAGGUGUUGUAUUAAAAAUUUGGCAAUAGCUAUUUUUCUAAGAACUGUUUCAGGUUAAAGCAUUGGUUUGCUAUUGUCUCAGCUGGUAACGUAUGGUGAAAUAACAAAAAGUGCUGGCUUUUAUUAUAUACCUUUUCUGAGGAAAAAGGGUGGUGAAUCGAAUCUUUUAAUAAUCUAUUCAAGAUACUACCUAUGCUAUUAACAAAAUUCCAAUUGUAUUUACGACAUAGUCAAUCAAAACCGUAGUGAAUCGGAACCAAGUCCAAUAUUGUCCUUUGGCACAGCAGCGCCGCGCCGCGUUAUUUUACGCAAACUUAGUCGCUGUAAAAUAAUAAUCCGGCGUUGUAAAAAAAUUAUCAGUGCACUUGUAAAUAUUGGAGCCAAAAUUUUUAUACAAAUUAUUUCAUAAAAUAUAUUCUUGGACCAAGUUGCGCGACGCGGCGCUCGCUGUGGUUGCUGCAGCCCUCGCCACGUACCGAUUUUAAACGGUACGAAUCGAUACAACCGAUUUAUAAACGGCAAUCGAUACGGCGUCUGGGCUCGCACUGUGAAAGCGGUGUUUAGCAGUCAUUCGUUGUCUGAACGUAGAGGCAAAUAUUAGGUACUUUUGUGACUAUGCUGAUGUGACUUGGCAGCAUUACUCAUUGCAAUUGACGAAGAAAGGCACAUACUUUACUAUAUGUAAAAAAAGUUAUAGAAUUAAUUUAAUAAAAUUAUAAAAUAAA